CUUACGGUCUUACCGCGUUUCUUUUCGAGUCUCAUAUUUUCCUCUUCUUCUCUAGCUAUUUCACAACCGCAAACCGCGCCUAAUUUUCAACGAAGUCGCUAAACCUAGAUGGAGUUUUGAUCCAAUUCGUUGUUGUUUGUUCUUAAUCUGCAGAGAGAUUUCACUGUGGUAUUAAUUUGGUAAAGUAUAUCAAAAUGGUUUAUGGUGGUUAUAAGUCGCAAUAUUUAGAUGGCCAACGAGAGAAGUUUUUCAGAUUGGAUGACUUAGACUCCAGGUCAUCAUCACCAUCUGCAUCUGGCGUGAAAAAUUGUGGAUUCAAUAUUGAGGCACUGGGUCAUGCUGGUCAUUCAAGUGAUGAAACAUCUCAGUCUUUUAAGAAAGGAAUUAGAAAAGGAUCUGAAGGACUUAAAUCGAUUGGUCGGUCUCUUAGAUUUGGGGUUUCUCGGGCAGUUUUCCCAGAAGAUCUGAAAGUUUCCGAGAAGAAAAUAUUUGAUCCUCAAGACAAGUUCCUUUUACUGUGCAAUAAACUAUUUGUCAUAUCUUGUAUUCUGGCAGUAUCUGUGGACCCCUUAUUUUUUUAUCUUCCAGUUAGUAAUGACUCAUCCAAGUGUCUUGGUAUAGAUCGAAAGCUAGCGAUUACAGCGACAACAUUGCGGACAAUUAUUGAUGCGUUCUAUCUAUUUCACAUGGCUCUCAUGUUCCGAACAGCUUAUAUUGCCCCAUCAUCGCGAGUUUUUGGACGAGGUGAACUUGUGAUAGAUCCUGCGCAGAUAGCCCGGCGAUACCUGCGUCAGUGGUUCAUUGUUGAUUUUCUUGCUGUGCUUCCACUUCCACAGAUUGUGGUUUGGAGAUUUCUGCAGAGCUCCGGCGGUUCAAAUGUACUUGCUACAAAACAGGCUUUAUUCUUUAUUGUAUUGUUUCAGUACCUGUCUAGAUUUCUUCGAAUGUUACCCUUGACUUCAGAACUGAAAAGGACAGCAGGUGUCUUUGCUGAAACUGCUUGGGCAGGUGCUGCGUAUUAUUUGCUGUUGUACAUGCUUGCUAGUCAUGUAGUUGGGGCAUUUUGGUACUUGUUGGCUAUAGAACGAAAUGAUUCUUGUUGGCGGGGUGCUUGUACUGAUGACGUAAAGUGCAAUAAAAAGUUUUUGUAUUGCGGCAAUCAGCAUAUGGAAGGAUACGAUGCUUGGAGCAAUAUCAGUUAUUCUGUUCUUCAGUCAAAAUGCUUAGCAGAUGAUCAAAAUCCACCGUUUGAUUUUGGAAUCUAUACCAAUGCGUUAUCAUCAGGCAUUGUUUCUUCUAAUAAUUUUAUAUCUAAAAUCUGUUACUGUUUGUGGUGGGGGCUUCAAAAUUUGAGUACGCUUGGCCAGGGGCUUCAAACAAGUACCUUUGUUGGGGAGAUUAUAUUUUCUAUCGCACUUGCAAUACUUGGUCUCAUCCUUUUUGCUCUUCUGAUAGGCAACAUGCAGACCUAUCUUCAAUCUCUUACCAUUCGGCUAGAAGAAAUGAGGAUCAAAAGGCGUGAUUCAGAGCAGUGGAUGCAUCAUCGCCUGCUUCCUCAAGAUCUUAGGGAACGUGUUAGACGAUAUGACCAGUAUAAGUGGCUGGAAACACGUGGCGUCGAUGAGGAGAGUAUAGUUCAGAGCCUGCCAAAGGAUCUUAGGAGAGAUAUUAAAAGACACCUCUGUCUCGCAUUGGUUCGGAGGGUUCCUCUUUUUGAGAAUAUGGAGGAGAGGUUGCUUGAUGCAAUUUGUGAGCGGCUGAAACCAAGUUUAUUUACUGAGAGGACUUACAUAGUUCGCGAGGGAGAUCCAGUUGACGAGAUGCUUUUUAUAAUCCGUGGUCGCCUUGAGAGUGUAACUACGGAUGGUGGGAGGAGUGGGUUCUUCAACCGCAGUAUGUUGAAAGAAGGGGAUUUCUGUGGAGAGGAGCUCUUAACGUGGGCACUGGAUCCAAAAUCUGGGGCAAACCUUCCUUCUUCUACUCGGACUGUGAAGGCUAUAACAGAGGUCGAGGCUUUUGCUUUGAUAGCUGAAGAGUUGAAAUUUGUGGCUAGUCAGUUUAGGCGCCUUCACAGUAGACAGGUUCAACACACCUUCCGAUUUUACUCACAACAGUGGAGAACUUGGGCUGCUUGUUUUAUCCAAGCAGCAUGGCGCCGCCAUUUAAGAAGGAAGAAUAUGGAGCUGCGGCAGAAGGAAGAAGACGAAGUAGAAGCAGAAGGAUCAGAUGGUGCCAUCAACAAUGUUGGUGGUGGUUCUUACAGUCUUGGCGCCACCUUGUUGGCAUCCAGGUUUGCAGCUAAUGCUCUUCGCGGUGUACAUCGAAAUCGGAAUGCUAAGACUGCUAGAGAAUUGGUGAAACUACAGAAGCCUCGGGAACCAGAUUUUACCGCUGAAGAUGCAGAUUGAUUUUCCAUUUAUGGUACUCAUCUUUGAUGAUAACUUUUGCGGUUCUACAGGAUGAGAGAUGCUGAAAACAUGUAAUAAACGCUAUUUUUUUUUUUUCACACUAGAUGCUGCUGUUAUAUGAAUUUGGGCAUUGACACGGUACAGUUGCCAGAUUGCUGCCGUGCCGUGAAUAACUUUUGCUGCUGAUAUAAAGCCAUUCCCUGUGACAUCUGAUGUGGGCUUAAAUUCAUGCCCGCGAGUAUAAAAUUUUUCCACUUGUAAAUUGGGCUGAAGCUCGGCGCUUAGGUACA